AAAAGACAGAGGAUACUUCAGUCAGUGUAGGAGAGAAAAGCCGUAUAGAAGAUUACCGCUUCACCAUGAGUGAGACCAAAGGAUCAGCAGCACUUGGUGGAAAGAGCAAAACACCUGGAGGGCAAGAUGCAUCCAAGAAGGAUGUUCCAGAGGACUUUGACAUCGACAUGGAUGCCCCUGAAACAGAAAAGGCAGCGGUUGCCAUCCAAUCACAGUUCAGGAGGUUCCAGAAGAAGAAGACUGAAGACAAGUCCUAGUGGCUGCAAAGGAAACCUCUCCUGACUGACACACCAGAGAGGUGUGGUGUGAUGCUGCAUGUGAAAGAAUUUCAUUCUAUACAGACUCAAGGAGUGAGGUGGAGCUGGAGCAAAGUCACAUCCUUUCAACCUUUCAAUAAAUUAUGCAAUUUAUUGGUCAACUAUUGUAUAAAAGAAGUUUAUUGUUUGCACUGAGAAUUUUCUUGUACUUACAUGUUCCUGUGUUCCUACAACCUGCAAAUUUAAUAGUAAUUUUAAGAAAUGAGAGCAAUUUCAUUGGGUUUUUCAAAUUUAAUUUUUUUUUUCAAAUUUGCACUUGUGUUUGGU